UCGACGCUGCUCAUGGCUUAGGGCGUUUAGUACCAUAGAGGUCGCUUGCCAACUGCAAGCUAAAUUAGGUGUUAGGGAAAUCAUUAUUAAAGUUUUAAUUAAAAAUCUUUCUUGAAGAAAACAUUUAAGCAAAAUUAGAUAGAGAAAAAGUGUUUAAAUUGUAUAAUAAAAUAAUAAAUCAUAAGUUACUCAAAACUCGAAUUUAAAGCCUAUUGAAGCCCAUAAAAGUACAUAAAGUUUACACUAAAGAACGAGAAAUAUUAAAAAAAAACACUCAAAAACUAAACAUAAUUAAAGAGAUCAAGAUGACGUCAGUUAACCAAGCCGUGCAACAAUCAAUCAAACAUUUCUUCAAAUCUAACUUUCUAAGUACCAAACGUGUGGUCUCAACGUCACCAAGGAAACACCAAGGCGCUCUAGCACUACAGAUGGACAUUGCCGAGAAUAAUAUUCAGAAAUGUCCUUUUCUUAAGCUUCCAACUGAAGAGAGAGAAACCCUGGACACUCCCAUGGACACUCCCAAGACACACCAAGUUUCUAAUGUCCAGCCUUUCGACAACAUCCCAGGCCCUAAAGGACUCCCGAUUGUUGGCACUCUAUUUGAUUACUUUAAGAAAAAUGGACCCAGAUUCAACAAAAUGUUUCAAGUACAACAACAACGGUCUGCAAAAUACGGGGAAAUUUAUUAUGAGAAAAUCGCCGACUUUGAAAGUGUCAUCGUGAGUAGCCCCGAAGAAUAUAACCGCUUGGUGAGGUCUGAGGGCAAGUAUCCCUGCAGGAGAGAAAUGGCCCCCAUGGCAUACUACAACAGAAAGAAAGGUUACGCCCUUGGAAUUGUCAAUUCACAGGGAAAAGACUGGUACAAUUUGAGGACAGUGGUCAGUAAAAAAAUGUUGAAGCUCUCAGAGGUCAGUAGGGUCAGUGAGAAUGUUGGGGAAGUAGCAGACGACUUUAUUCAACGUUUGAGUGCACUACGAGAUUCCACUGGACAAGUGCCGGAUUUGGAUAAAGAACUUUUCAAAUGGGCCAUGGAAUCAAUUGGAACAUUCCUAUUUGAGGAGAGAAUAGGUUGCCUAGGAAACCAGCCCACACAAAAUGCCCUGUCUUUCAUUGAGAAUCUGUCAGGUUUCUUUCAAAAUCUUCAAGUUCUGAUGUACAGCAUCCCUUUGUAUAAAAUCUGGCCUUCCAAAACAUGGAAGAAGUUUGAGAACUGUUCGGACAAGAUCAUGACCUUAGGAGACAUGUUUGUGGAGAAAAAAAUAGCAUCCAUGCAAGAUAACAAGGAUUCUAAAUCAGCUUUGAUCAGUCACCUAGUGAGUAACGGUACUCUGUCUCGAAAAGAGAUUACUGGCUUGAUGACAGAGUUACUAUCAGCUGCUGUUGAAACCACGUCUUCUGCGCUUACUUGGGCGCUGUACAGCCUGGCCAGGAACCCUCAAGUUCAAGCAGACCUCUUCGAUGAGAUAACCGAAGCCAAGUCAAAGAAUGGUGGCACUCUGAGUGCAGAGAAACUGGCCAAACUGCCUCUGGUCAAAGCAGUGUUGAAAGAAACUUUACGGCUGUAUCCCAUUUCGUACACGAGCAGUCGUUACAUUCAGGACGACAUUCAACUGUGUGGCUACACCAUUCCAGCUGGGACACAUGUUCAGGCCAACUUGUACGGAAUGUUCCAUAACCCUGAUUACUUUCCUGAGCCGGAGACAUUUUUACCGGAGAGAUGGCUGAAAGAAAACAAAAUGGACGCCACGAUCAAAUCAGCUUCCCAGCUUGUAUGGGGCCACGGGGCUCGCAUGUGUUUGGGUCGACGUUUGGCUGAGCAAGAACUACAUAUCACUAUAGCAAAGAUCAUUGAGAACUUCCAGCUAAAUUAUCAUGGCGACGAGGUACAGCCCAUCCUAAACACAACGAUGGUGCCGGAUAGACCAGUAAAUAUCCAGUUUUCAAGAAGACAGAUUAGUAAAGAUACAGUUUUCAACAACACAGAUUAGUAAAUAUCCAGUUUCCAAGAAGGCAGAUUAGUAAAAAUACUGUUUUCAACUAGACAGAUUAAUAAAGAUAUUGUUUUCGCCUAGAGGGACCAGUAACAAUCAAGUUUUUACGAAGGGAGAUCAAGAAACAUUCAGAUAGUUGUGAGAACAAAGAAAAAAAAUGUUUUAAAAAAAUGACAAAACUACAAGGAAUUAUAAUUCCAAAUAAUAAAAAAAGCAACAAAUAAUG